AACGCGUUACUCGUGUAAAAUGAAACGUUGUGGUCGCCGUUUUGAGGAGAAGCGGGAUUUCUCAGCGAGUGUUUUAUUCGACGAAUUCUCGUUCACGUCAUAAUAAGUGAAAGAAUUGGCCAGCCGAUCUCGAACUCUUUGAUUAUCCGGAUCAGGAAGUGUGAUCAGACCGCGUUAUACGAAUCGUUGGCACCAUGUCGGAUGAGAAAAAGGAGGCAAAGACAGAGUCGGAGCACAUAAACUUGAAGGUGCUGGGCCAGGAUAACGCGGUAGUUCAGUUUAAAAUUAAAAAACACACACCUCUUCGUAAACUGAUGAACGCGUACUGCGACCGUGUAGGUUUGGCGAUAGCAGCAGUAAGAUUUAGAUUUGACGGACAGCCCAUAAAUGAAUUAGAUACACCCACAACAUUGGAAAUGGAAGAAGGAGAUACAAUAGAGGUAUAUCAACAGCAGACAGGUGGUUCGUGUUGAGAUAUGAUGCAGGCGUUUACAAAUGGACUAAAUGAAAAUUACUGUUCUCACAGUGUUUACCUUAACACGACAUAUUUCUUGUUUUGUUUUACUUCCUUCAGGGAUAUUGAAGACUUUGCUCUGUAUCGUAAUGUGUAGGACUUGUUGUGUAUAUCGGUCAGUCACUUUACAUUUAUCGUCGCUGUUUGUUAACAUGGAUGGUGUAAUAAAUAUUUGCUUUAUUUAAAUAUAUAUAUUUAAUUAUAUUUAAAAAAGAUUUAUUUUUGGCAUUUAAGAGUAUGCAUUAUGAUACUGCAUUGAAGUCUUCGAUAUUGCAUCAUGACUAUUUACUAUAAGCAAUAAUAAGUUUUUAUUAUAUAACAAAUUUUGCAAGUACAAUUGUUCGUGGAAAUGCGAGCUUACGUUAUUACUGAGAUAGAAGCGAACCACCAGUUAUAUAAAGGAACAAUUCGUGAUACCAUCGUAAGAACUUUUAAAAAUCUCGGGAUUCCUUGUGUGUGCGUGUACGUGGCAUUCACGUGAAUCAACAUUGUAACAAUCGAAACUUUGCUUAAUAAAUUCUCAUUUUUAGAUAUCCCUUUCUAUAUCUGUAAAAAGGGUAUACGAUAGAACGUAGGCACGCGUCGCAGAUUAACAUACAUGCUUUUGUUCGUACAUAGGCAGAAUUCUCUUUGCAGAAUUCCAAGUUUUCUUUGUACAAAGUCCAGUUUAUAUUUGUAAUUUUCAUCAUUCCUUAUUUCUGAGCGGCCCGCGUUAUUUUGUAUGUGAGCAAAAAUAAAUUAUAUGCUAUCUUUUCUAAGGCAACACUUUCUACCUUAGUAAAUAAUUUUACGAUGCUUGUCUUUGAUAAAGGCCUGAACUACCUUAUAUCUACCUUAUAUCUAAGGGAUGAACAAGUAUGAAACAAUUUAUAUCGUUUUUAAGAGUAUGUAAAACUGAUUUUUGACAAAACUGUUAAAUUAUUGACAUACAAUAAUUAUAUUGACAUACAAUUGAUUAUGUUUUACGUGAAUGUAAGAUAGGUUCAUGUAUCGAACAAGAAAUGUUUUUUCAAAG